AGCAUCAUUGUGAUGAUGAGAGAGAGAGAGAGAGAGGUAAACAAAGUGUCUGAAGAAAGAGAUUCAAAGUAAGUGGGAGGUUGUUCAUGGGAGGCAACGAGAUUGAGAGAGGUAAUGAUAAGACGUAACCUACGUUCCAAGCAAUUUAAAGUUACCUGUUUAUUUGCCUCCUCCUCUUUUUUUAAGGAUUAUUAGGUAACUAGGUACCGUUAGGCAAAAAUGUUAUUUUGCAUAAUUUUUUCUGGUUCGCUGUUGUUUCGGGAAAACGUUGCAAGAACAAGAAUCAAAAUAAAACACGAAAUCAACAGUCAACCCCUUUUUCUGCCUCUUACUACGUUCACAUUUCAUUAUUAUCCAGGUUACCUUUUACCUUCUCUCUCUCUCUCUCUCUCUCUCAUCAUCAUCAUCUUAUCUUCCUCUUUCUUUUUGUUAGCAAGUUACUUUUCAGGUCUUCUCUUUCUCUCUCUCUCUUUUACAUUCUUAACCAAAGUUAACUGUCAAUGGAAUAGAAAGAGAAAAAGAAAGAGAAGGAAAAGAUAACGGUACUAUUGGUAUGAAGAAGAAAAGAAGAGACGAAAUCGGCAAUUCUCUUCUGGCUUUUUCUUUCUCUCUCUCUCUUUCUUUCUUACUUACUUUAUUUUCUCUCUCAAGGUACAACCUAUUUUAUCAUCUCAGGUCUCUCCUUCUCGAGGGCGGUUCUUGAGGGUUAACAGGCCAAACUAACGGUACCAGAAAGAAAAUAAUCCAGGACAUUUGACAGAAUAGUUUCUGACCUUAACAUCAUCUUCAUCUCUCUUUCAUCAUUUAUCUUCAUUCAGUGGAGCUUCUUCCAUUCAGUUUUCACCAAAUUUCUUAAGACCUGUGGCAAGGUGAGAAAGAAAGUAAAUUUUAGUGAGUCAGUUCAACAAGAUUAAGAGUGGGAGACAAGGGAGAGAGAGAGAGAUGAAAGAUUGAGAUUAGUUUCAUUUUGUGCUACUUACUUAUUACCGUAGUCAUUUAAUCAUUUACGUUGAUUAAAGUUCAAUUUUCAUCAUUUAUUAUAAGUUUUUCAUCUUUUACUUUGAACUUUUUUUUUCCUGUAAAUUGUGAUCAUCAUCAUGAUAAUCAACUGUUCAACAAAUUACCGUUAAUAUAUCCAAGUGAUCAUCUCAUUUAUAUUUUUAUCGAUGUGAACAAUUUGGAGUAAAUUGUUUUCGCUGAAAAAGUUUUUCGUUAACCAUCAAUGUUAAACUUGAAUUCACCUCGAAUAUUAAUUUCCCAAUGGACUUUGUUUCAUCUUAAUUGUGCCAAUAACCGAUCAAAUCUCAAUCAAACUGUCAACAAUUAACAAUCAAAUACACAAUCGAUUACCAAUUGUCUUCCCUUUUUUUUCAUUCGUAGAGUUAAAUUGUUACUUUUGUUUUAACUGUUCAAGUUACUUUGUUUGUAAACAAAAUUUUCUUCAUAGUAACAGUAAAUUGUUACAGUUAAUUGUUAGCUAAUCAUCCUUAUCAUCACCAUGUUAGGAUCAUCAGCAUCUUCAUCAACACCAUCAAUGAGUAAACCAUUAAGACUUCGUCGGGUUAAUCAUUCCGAUGAAAUUGUCUCAGGCUUUUCAAAGUUACUCAAAACUGAAUCAAUGACCGAUGUAACAUUGAUCUGCAACGGAGGUCAAACUAUCCGUGCUCAUCGUGUUAUUUUAUCAACAUUUUCACCCUAUUUUAAGGCCAUUUUUGAAGCACAACCCUUUUCAAAUAAUCCAUGCCAAUAUCCGGUAAUUGUGAUUAAAGAUUUAGCCCUAAGUGAAUUAAGGGCGAUUGUUGAAUUUAUUUACAAAGGUGAAGUUUCAGUUUCUCGAGAUAAACUUUCAGCCAUUUUACAUGCAGCUCGAGCCCUCGAAGUAAGCGGAUUAUCUGACCUAAAAGUGGAAUCAUCUAGUUUACAAUCUUCUGGUGUUGCCGCAGUUAUGGCCGCAAAUGGAUUUGGAUCAUCGUCUCACCACAAUAACAAUAAUAAUAAUAAUAAUUCUCAUGGUGAUGGAGAUGCUAAAUCUUCAUCUUCCUCAUCAGGAUCAUCUUCAUAUCAGCAACACUCAUCCUCUUUACCUGUUUCAAAUUCACCCAAUUCCACAUCAACCCAUAGUAUCCUUGCUUCGUUGACCUCUGGUCAUCCUAUGGGAUCACUAAAUCUAUCAACAAAUGGUUCAUCUUCAAUAUCAUCUUCAUCUGGAUGGAAACGAUCAUCAACUGAAUCGUUAAUAUCUUCAUCUCUUUUCUCAAAUGGUAUUGAUUCCCAUGUAAUGAAAAAAUCACGGAUUACGGUUGAUGGUAAUUCCAAUGGAUGUUCAUCAAAUUAUUCGGAUAGGCUUAAUUUGGGUAAUUCCAAUGGUGAUUAUACUCACCAUGGUUUAAAUUUGUCUUCAGCUGAAUCGAUUAGGAAUGCACUGUCAUCACCAGCAAGAUUCAUCAAUUUAUCUGGUUAUUCAACGUCACGAGAAAUACUUCAUGCAACAUUGAAUCAACAGUUAAAAUCACGAAACAUGACAGUUGAACAAUUUCUGGCCCAAAAGCAUCAACAGCGCCAAUUAAAGUCGCAAAAGUUACGAUCCCAACAAAUUCAAGCUCAAAUGAAACAACAAAUUUUACAACAACAAUUACUCAGAAAUUCAUCAACUUCAUCACCACAACAACAACAACAAUCUCAACCUUUAUCAUUGGUACCUGGUUCUUGUUCAUCAAUCUCAUCCCAUGGAUCCAAGGGUUCACCUUCACGUUCAUGUGAUUCCCCGACAGUUUCAGGAGUUUCCGAGGCAUCGAAAAGAGCAUCAAGUCCAAAAGAAUCAUCAACACCCGAAUCUGGAUUAAAAGUAAAGAUUGAAUGUCAAUCAUCAGAAGAGAUUAAAGUUGAUGAUGAUGAUAAACCUGAAGACAUGAGAACCAAUGUAAAUGAUGAUAAGAUUGAAAGGGAAGAUGGUGAGGAUGUCCGUUCUGAGGGUCAUGAUGGAAAUGAUGAGAGUAAAAAAGGUAAUGUUACCAAUAGGAAUCAAGAAUCGCGUCGAGAUGAAGCCGAUGAUAAUCAAUCGGAUGAUGAAGAUAAACCGUUACAAUUAACAAUUGAAGCGAAUGGUGGAUCAGGGGAAGAUGAUGAGGAAAUUGAUCGUAAUCAUAAUGGAGAUCGUGAUGAUAAUAUGAAAGAUUUGAAUGCUGGUGGAGAGGAAAAUAAUAAUAAUAAUAAUUCUAAUAAUAAUAACGAUGAUGGUGAUACUGAGAGAGGUGAUGAAGAGGCUGAUGAAGAUAUUGACGAUGAUGAUGAUCACCGGAAUGGUGAAGGAUCAACAGGAAAUAACAUGAUGAAUAACAUUAACAGUUCAAGAAAAAGGUUCAACCAGAAUGGUAAUCAAAGUGAUGAGGAUAACGAUGAUGAGGAAAACAAUAAACGAGAUGAUGAUAUGGAUGAAGAGCCAAUAGUAAUCAAUACCUCGGUUGAAGAUAUGGAUGGUUACAUGAGCGAUGAGAUUAACGGUGAUAAUGAAGAUUAUGAGGUUGACAUAGCAAAAGAUUUAAUCUUCCAACGACAACAACAACUUCGAUUACAACAAUUACAACGUCAACAUCUUUAUCAAUUAUCUCAACAAUCAUUUCAUCACGAUUCUCAAGAAGCCAAAUUAAUUGAAUUCUAUGAGCAAUUACAAUCAAUGGCUCCAUUUAAUGGUAAACAGAUAACCAAUGGUGAUAAUCAUUCAGAUGAUCAGGAAAGUUUCAUGGAUGAUUAUCAUCCUUCUGAUAAAAAUAUUCGUAACCAUCAUGCUAAUUCAGUGGCUUCCCUGGCAGCUCAGAAUCGCUCAUUAGCAAUGUUAGUCUCUAAUCAUAAUAACAUGUCACUUGCCGCUGCAAUGGGUCAUCAUCCUGGCCUGAUGGCUCCAAGUAACGCUAUCCCAUUACCCUUUUCCUCAUCUUCAUCGGCAUCAUCUUCAUCUUCAUCCCCACUCAACAAUAACAGGAUUAAUAGCACAACCACAAACUCAACAACAACAACGACAACAACAUCAACACUGAAUAACAAUUCUAUUGGUAACAAUGGUCACUCAAAUGGUGGAUCUUCAACACCUUUAGCCACACCCGAUUUCUUGCAACCUCGAGGACCCGGAAGACCACGAAAAGGAAACAAAGCUCAAGACAUUAGCCCGUGUCCCGAAUGUCACAAAGUCUUUGUCCGACCCGAUGUACUUAAGCUUCAUUAUCGCUCUGUUCAUCUUAAUGAACGACAUCCCUGUAAUAUGUGUCCAAAAAUAUUCAAAUGGCCUGGUGACCUUUCAAAACACAAGAGGACGAAACACCCUGAGGCCAUGGCUGCUCAGGCAGCAGCAGCAGCCGCCGCCGCAGCCGCAGCAGCGGCUAUCAAUCAAUGUUAAUCUUAAAUAUCAUCAUCAUCAUUAUUAUUAUUACAACAAUUCAUCAUCCGGGCCAACAAUCAAUUCUAGAAAUUUAAUUUCAUUCAAUCAUCUCAUCAUCAUCAUCAUCAUCUUUUUAAUUAUUAUUAUUAAACUGCCUUACCUUUUUUUUUAACGCACAAACAUUGAUUAGUUAAUUAUCAAUUUUAUCGAUUGAUUUAAUCAUUACAAUUUCAUCAUCACCACCAAUUUCAUCAUCUUCAUGAUAAUUAUUUUUUUCUAAUUGUAAAUUAUUGGUUAAUUGUUAAUCUUAAUCCAUAUAAAUUUUAUACUCAUCACUUUUUGUUCAUUCAUCUUCAUCCCAAUCAUCAUUUGUAACUUUUUUGCUUCUCAACUUAAUCUAAUUGUUACUGAUCAAUCAGAAAAAGGGGAAUUAAGGAUUAAUUGAUUAACAUGGAUUAAUAAUUUAAAUCAUAUUUCUGAUAAAAGAAAACCAAAAUCGUGAUAAGCUGCACAAUCAAAGGAAUCAAAUCAAAUCAAUCAUCACAAUUAACUUUUUUCUGCUCUUAAUCAGCUCUCAUUUUUUUUUAUCUCUUUUGCUAAUUGUUGUUUACUAAUCACAUUUUGUUAAUUGUUGGAUUUAUAUUUUGUUUAAUUUUCUCAAUUAGAGACUCAUCAUUACCCAUCAUCUUCAUCAUCACCUUCAUCAUAAUCAGUUAAUCAACUUUAAUAUUGAUCAAAUUGAUUGUAUUUGUUUAAAAUUGAUCAAUAGAUGAUGAAAUUAAUUUUAUUGCAAAUGAUUUCUGAUCAAACUAAAUU